AUGUUCAAAACAUCACGAGAGAAACUGCUUCAGUCGUAUGAUGAAUACUGGCGCCGCCUUUGUCAAUACGUCGAGCUGUUCGCCCGCUGCCGCGUCAGUGAGGAUGCCCGUAAACAGAUGCGACAAUUUCUCGCAGGUGUAUUUCCAGCCGAACGCAGAAUCCCGCGACGAACGAAGGACAAAAGCACUCUAGAUGUAGAUGUUUUCUGUGUGAUUUACCAGCAUCAUUGGGUUCAUUCGAAAUUCUUUCGUCAGAUCGUUCAGUUUGCUACAGUCCAGCUCUGGUCCGCCAUUACUGGCACAAGAUCUGGCGUCUUGCUUCCGCAGAACACCUCAUUACCUGGCAAUCCAACUUUGGGCAAACGACAACGGGAUGGUACCUUCCAGAGUGACCUGCCCAAGCAUAUCUCCUUGAAAGAUCUUCCGGACUCGGUAGUAAAAAACGGCAGACGGCGAGACCAGCUGGCUCGAGACCUAGGGGUCCUCUGUGUGGAAAUGGAAGCUGCGGGGCUCAUGAAUGACUUUCCAUGCCUAGUUAUUCGGGGCAUUUGUGACUAUGCUGACUCGCACAAGAAUAAGGAACGGCAAGGGUAUGCGGAAGCGGUGGCAGCGGCCUAUGCCAAAGAGCUUGUCUUACUGGUUCCGAUCGAUCAGGUUGAGAAUACUCCAACAGCACGAAACCCUCUAGCAGACUCUGAUCUUCUUGCUUUUGCCAAUCGUCUAGAUGGACUGCCUUUAGCCAUUGUUAUCGCAGGGGCGUUUAUGCGUGAAACUGGAAGCAGCAUCAUUGAGUACUUGCAGUAUUACCAAGAAUCUUGGUCUGAGCUACAGCUGCAAUCGAAUCCUGGACGUCAGUACCAGCAAGGCAAUAUGCUGCAAACAUGGACGAUCUCAUAUCUUGAGAUCCAGAAGCGUGACCCAAGCGCCGCAGACCUUCUAUUGCUACUUGCUCGUUUUGAUAAUCGUGACAUCUGGUACGAUUUAGUGAAGAGUGGCCGUCACAGCUCAAACGUCCCGGAAUGGCUCAAAAAGGCUACAUCAAGCGGACUCGCGUUCAAAAUUGGUGUGAAGUCUCUUAUUAGAUUUUCUCUUCUUGAGAUAUGGAGCGCAUUCCAUGGCUUAGGGAUCCUCUACUCCGAUCAGGGAAUGCUGAAGCGGGCAGAGGAGAUGUACGAGCAAGCUCUGUCAGGCAAGGAGAAGGCCAUAGGUCCAGAUCAUACGUCUACUCUCGAUACGGUCAACAACCUCGGUGAUCUCUACCAGGGUCAGGGCAAACUAAAAGAGGCUGAAAAGAUGCACCAGCGAGCAAUGGUAGGCAGGGAGAUGACCCUAGGUCCAGAUCACUUGUACACUCUCCGAACAGUCCACAAUCUCGGGAAUCUCUAUACGGAUCAGGGAAAGCUAAGAGAGACAGAGGAAAUGUACCAGCGAGCACUGGCAGGCCGUGAGAAGGCCCUAGGCUCAGAUUACACCUCUACUCUCAAUACGGUCCACAGCCUUGCUGUUCUCUAUGAGGAUCAGGGUAGGCUGAAGGAGGUAGAGGAGAUGUACCAGCGAGCUCUGGCAGGGUAUGAUAAAGCCCUAGGUCCUGAUCAUACAUCUACUCUCGACACAGUCAACAACCUUGGUAAUCUCUACUCUGAUCAGGGCAAGCUGAAGGCGGCAGAGGAGAUAUACAAGGAGAAGGCCCUGGGUCCAGUUCACGAUAGGACUCGGUGA